GCCACAAUCACGGCUGGCGGCGGCGGAGGGGGAGCAGGCUCCCGGCGGGCCCGGGCACCCAUCCCUGCCCACCCCCACCAACCAGCCCUCCCUCCCUCCCCGGCCGGGGAGCGGGGGGGGUUAGCGGCGGGAGAAGAUGGCUGGGGCCAUCAUCGAGAACAUGAGCACCAAAAAGCUGUGCAUCGUCGGGGGGAUCCUGCUGGUCUUCCAAGUCAUCGCCUUUCUGGUGGGAGGGCUGAUCGCUCCCAGCCCCACCACAGCUGUCCCCUACAUGUCUGUGAAGUGCAUCGAUGUCAGAAAAAACCACCACAAAACCAAGUGGCUGAUGCCCUGGGGACCCAACCACUGUGAGAAGCUCAAGAACUUUGAUGAGGCAGUGAGCAGGCAGAUUGAAGCCAACGACAUCGUGUUUGCUGUGCACAUCCCCCUGCCCAGCAAGGAGAUGAGCCCCUGGUUCCAGUUCAUGCUCUUCAUCAUGCAGCUGGACAUUGCCUUCAAGAUGGACAAUGACCUGAAAGACAAUGCAGAGAUUACCCUGGAUGUGUCGCUGGCCUAUCGUGACAACAUGUUUGAGGACUGGGAGGAGAUAGCACAUGCAGUAGAGAUCAGGAAGCUGAAGUGCACCUUUGGCUCACCAAAAACCCUGGAGUCUGAAGGCCGUCACUACGACUGUGACUUCCUGCCCUUCAUGGAGAUUGGCAGUGUGGCACACAAGUACUACCUCAUCAACAUCCGCCUGCCCGUCAACGAGAGGAAGGGCAUCAACGUGGGCAUCGGGGAGAUCAAGGACAUCCGGCUGGUGGGCAUCCAUCAAAACGGGGGCUUUACCAAAGUGUGGUUUGCCAUGAAGACCUUCCUCACCCCCAGCAUUUUAAUCAUCAUGGUCUGGUACUGGAGAAGGAUCACCCUGAUGACACGGGCUCCUGUCCUGCUGGAGAAGGUCAUCUUCGCUCUGGGAAUUUCCAUGACCUUCAUUAACAUCCCCGUGGAGUGGUUUUCCAUUGGAUUUGACUGGACUUGGAUGCUGCUCUUUGGAGACAUCCGACAAGGCAUUUUCUAUGCCAUGCUCUUGUCCUUUUGGAUCAUCUUCUGUGGGGAGCACAUGAUGGACCAGAAUGAACGGAACCAUCUGUCAGGGUACUGGAAGCAGGUUGGACCCAUAGCUGUUGGUUCCUUCUGCCUCUUCAUCUUUGACAUGUGUGAGAGGGGAGUGCAACUGAAGAACCCCUUCUACAGCAUCUGGACCACAGAGGUUGGCACGGAGCUGGCUAUGGCCUUUAUUAUCGUGGCAGGAAUCUGCUUGUGUCUGUAUUUUCUCUUCCUGUGUUUCAUGGUCUUCCAAGUGUUCAGAAACAUCAGUGGGAAGCAGUCGGGCCUCCCAGCCAUGAGCAAGGCUCGCCGCCUCCAUUACGAGGGGCUGAUUUUUAGGUUCAAGUUCCUGAUGCUCAUUACCCUGGCUUGUGCAGCCAUGACUGUCAUCUUCUUCAUUGUCAGCCAGGUGACAGAAGGCCACUGGAAGUGGGGGGACAUAACCAUCCAAGUGAACAGUGCCUUCUUCACUGGCAUCUACGGGAUGUGGAACCUCUACGUCUUCGCUCUCAUGUUCCUCUACGCCCCCUCACACAAGAAUUAUGGUGAAGAUCAGUCAAAUGGUGACCUGGGAGUAAACAGUGGGGAGGAGCUCCAGCUCACCACCACCAUCACCCACGUGGAUGGACCCACAGAGGUUUAUAAGCUGGCACGCAAGGAGGCUCAGGAGUGACACUGGCUGGGACCCAGACUGGGGUGGAGAGCAGAGGACCACACCUUGCCCUCUGGCAGGAGACCUCUUGGACCUAACCUGCUCCUCCAGCCACCCUGUGUGUUUUCACCAGGCAGUGACGCCCAGCAGAACGUUUGUAAACUCUUUACUAUGGUGUAGUUACUUCUGGGGGGAGGGUUAUGUAUCUUGUGUUCCACUCCAGCACGUAAAACCUGCUAGAAAAGCAUUAAGGUUGCAAAGUCGAGGUCAGGAAGGGGUAGAGCUGCCAUGGGGCAGUUUCCAGUUGGCUCCCCUGCCUUUUGCCAUCUUCCUCCCUCUCACCUUUUGGUUAUGGCUCUCUCAUUUCCACGCUGCUGACGUGCCAUGGGGAGACAAGAAAGGCCCCAGGAGGGAUGGUGCAUUCCAGGCUCCCAUCCCUGUGAGCUGGGCAGUCCUGCUCCUCCUUGCACAGCCAGGGUGGAGCACACUUGGUCAAGGUGUGUUCUUCCAGGGACUGGAAAAAUCAGCUUGUCACAUACUAAUGUGAGUCUUUUGCUUUUUUUUUGCUUUUUUUUUGCUUUUUUUUUUUUUUUGUGCUAUGAGCUUGCUCACCCCUCUGCUGUGUCUUGGGGGGGAUCUGGCUGUCAGACUGCCCAGGGCAAGGGCAAUUGUAACCAGUAUGGGAUGGAGGAGUAAACUGGACUCUGCUGGGGACCAGUUAAUAGAAGAGUUAAUGGCAACAUGACCAGAAUGGUCUGUGCUUCUCAGGACACACCUUCUUCCAGGGCCCAGAAGAGAAGCUGACUCUGCAGAGAACUUCACCUGGCACUAGUUAAUGCCUCUGUUAACUGCUUGAAACUCAACCUCCCACUUUUGUCCCUAAAAGAUGAGACUUUGGUGGUGCUGCCUGUUGCUGACAGGUUGGAGAUUAGGGAGAGAGGGAGCAGGAUUCCAAAGACCCUGACAGUUGUCAAUACCAGGAAAGGUGACAUGCUCUCCUUGGACUCAUAAAAAUUCUAAAAUUCAGCCAGUGUUCAAUUAAUUCUCCCUUUUUUUCCCACUCCAGCAGGGAAUGGGGCCAGAACACUGACCCCAGCUGAAGCCCCUUGAGUGCUGCUAUGCCUGGGCACCUGAAGUCCCUUUAGCACAGGAGAAGUGCUGACUGCUGCCUGAGAGGAGGUAGCUUGGGGUGAUUUUUGCAUACUUGAACUGGAACACUACAUUUUUAAAAAUAAGUUUGGGGGUUGUAAAGUGGGGUGGCAGUGCCACUGUGCUGAAAGAAAAUAGCUUAAAAGAAAAAAAAACUUGGGAAAGGAGAGGGCACACUUCUUGGAAGAAGCACUGGGAUGGCAAAAGGUAACUUGUAGCAGUUUAGAUGAGGAAAGGAAGUGCUGGUAGGGCCAAGCAGUGCUCCUACUUGCAGAGUUGUUACAUUACAAACGAAUUAAAUUAAUGUUUAGAUGACAUUACACAUAACAAAUAAAUUAAAACCAAUCCCAACUCCAACAGGUUCCUGGCUGGGUGCUCGACUUUGCAACUUUAACGCCCUUUUUACGUCUGGUCCUUACGUGAUAUUUAUGUUGUUCCCAUAGAUGUGUCCAUGGUUUCUUUCUUCCAGCUUAGUAGAGCCUCUUGUUUUGUAAAGGCUCCUUGCAAAUGGGGAGCUGCAGCUUUAAAAACCAAAAUUUUGUGUCAGACACUAACAGUUUGUUUACGGGGGGCGCAUGUAUCGUGUGCGUGCGUGCGUGUGGGGGGGUUUUUUAUUUCUUCAUUCCUAAGCCCUACUCAUAUGUCUCAGAAAUAGUCCCUGGGUCUUAUUAAAAUAUAUCCUCUUUUUUGUUUGUUUGUUUAGGUCGAGUUGAGUUUUUACAGAGUGCUUUAAGCAAUCUGGAAAACGUGUAGGUUUGUUAAUUUAAAUAAAAUACAUGAUAUUGUG